AUGUCUAGCUCACGCGCUCUUAUCAGACACAGUCGAAACCUCCUGCGACGGCCACAAUUUCGACAGGCCUCGACUGCUGAAAAGGCUAGCGAGGCCGCUUCCUCUGCAAAAGAUUCUGCUCAAGCGUCUGUAUCGAAGGCUUCGGAGGGACUUACCAGAGUCCAGAGCUCCGCAGGGUCUUCCAUCUCAAAUGCUGCCUCAUCCGCAAGCGCUGCGUUGAAUAGAAUUGGUGGCCGGACAGGCAGGGCGAUCAAGUUUGUCGAAUCAUUAAUACCACCCACGAUUCACUACACUAGAGUUGGCCUCGAAUUGGCCAGACUGAUGGUACAGCACCAGAAAAUGACUCCUCCCUCGAUCUCUACUUUUCAGUCCUUCUUCCAACCUGUGACGAACGUCCUGCGAAACCCAAGAUCUAUCACCAGUGCGAUCCCUGAAGGAUCUGGACAGCAAAUGCUACAUCAAGCACGAAACACCAACAGCACCCACUUGACCGAUUACGCAAUCAUACUAGCCCAAGUACUUGGAUUUUUUACUGUUGGCGAAAUGAUCGGAAGAUUUAAGCUUGUUGGUUACCACGGCGAGGCAUCCCAUGAACACUAG